GUCAUCAAGUUCGCUUGCACGUGCGCUCGUGUUUGUUUUAGUUUCCAUCCGCAAAAGAUCCUCUCACUCCCCUCUUUCGCUUUUUUUUUUCUUCUUGAUCUCCAAGAUGACCCGUGACGACGGCUCUCAGGUGGCUCAGCUGCUGAGCGACGGCAAGUACAACCUUCCGAUGUUCCUGCACUACCUGAAAUCCUUUGCGACCUGCGGCGAGCAGCCCGACAAGUCUCUUCUGCUCGGCAUCCUCCUGCAGUCUCUCGCCCGCUUCCAGACGAGCGACUUCACCGCGUGCAUGUGCCUCGUCUCGAGCCACGUGCAGGACUCCCCCAGCGUCGACAAGGAGCUCAACUACAUCUACGAGCUGGAGAACCUGCUUAGCUGCGGUCUCUUUCAGAAGUUCUGGGCUCAGUGGAGCUCCGUCAAGGAGCACCUGCCUGAAUCCUUCCACUUUGAGUCUCGCGUGCGCACCAGCAUCUUAGAGACCAUCAGCACGACGAUGGAGACAAUCCCCACAGAGAAGCUAGCCACCUACCUCGCCGUGUCGCCGGACCAGGUGCAGAAGAUCGUGCAGAACGCCAUCAAGGAGUCUGAGGACCGUGAGAUGAAGGUGAUUUCGUACGACAGCGGCAGCGUCGUUUUCCAGCGCAACCGCUUCAACUUCCCGCAGGCGAGCGCCGCGCACGAUGUGAUUCGCUUCACCGACGUGUCGGCGUUAAUCCACAACGCGCACGUGCAGUACGGUAACAAGGACAACCGCAGCGAGAAUAACAAGGACGGCAACAAGGAGCGCGAGUCCCGUGUGUAG